AUCGACUCUGUCUCCUGGAGAGCGGAAAAAUCCACCCCUCUGGGUUAACUUCAAUAAAAUCGAGGAAGUGAAACUAACGCAGAAAACAAGGCGGCGGAAUGGCUACGAAGGCCCGUGUUUUGUACAACUUUACAGCUGAACCUGGAAAUGCCGAGCUGACUGUCAAAGAAGGCGAAAUCAUCACUAUUGUCAAUUGGGAUGUCGGUGGUGGAUGGUGUGAAGCAUCAAAUGCUCUGGGAAUGACUGGACUUGUUCCAACAGACUAUGUGGAGAUGAUUUCAGAAAGUGGCGGUAGCACUGUACCCUUUGGACCCAGUGGAAAAGCACAGAGCACAGGAACAAAUCUGGCAGCUUUUGAUCCCUUCUCAUCAAGUCAAGCUGGCUAUAGUGGAAGUCCAGUGUUUGGAAGUUCAUUCACCCCAAACAAUCAGGCAAACAAUGCAGAUGAUCCCUGGUUGAACUGGAAUACUACUUCAGCUGGGACCUGGAGCACUAAUAAUGCAGGUAACAGUGGAAAUGCCUGGAGUGCGGUGAACUGGCCGACAAAUACAGACAGUUCAAAUGCACAGAAAAAUAGCACUGCAGACAAUUGGGACAUGACUGGCUAUGGUCAUCCACAGGCCUACCAGGGCCCAGGUGCUGCAGAGGAUGAUGACUGGGAUGAUGAUUGGAAUGAGUCCAAACCAUCUCCAAAUAUUCUUCCUCGCACAGAGUCUGAGACAGCAGAGACUGGUUUGGCUCGUGGAGCUCCUCGCAACAAUUCUGUGAAAAUGCCACGCAGUAGGUUUCCAACCUUUAUCAAACAUGGGCCUGAGGUCUAUCUACUUUCAAAGCAACCAGUAAAAACUACUGAAAAAAUUACAAUCCACAAAGGAGAAGUCGGUCCAGUUUGGGAGUAUCCCACUUCCUCUUUGAGUUGUGUGGUGGCUGACCCAAAAAAGGGAUCCAAGCUGUAUGGAUUGAAGAGUUAUAUUGAAUAUCAAGUGACGCCCAAUAACACUAACCGAUCAGUCAACCACAGAUAUAAGCAUUUUGACUGGUUAUGUGAGCGUCUGCUCAUCAAGUUUGGUUCUGCCAUUCCAAUUCCUUCUCUUCCAGAUAAACAAGUUGCAGGACGUUUUGAAGAGGAAUUCAUCAAAAUGCGAAUGGAGAGGUUGCAAAAUUGGAUGAAUAGAAUGUGCCAUCAUCCUGUCAUUUCAAACAGUGAGGUGUUCCAGCUCUUCAUCGCUUGCCGGGAUGAAAAGGAAUGGAAAUUAGGAAAGAGGAAAACUGAAAAGGAUGAUGUUGUUGGUAUCAUGAUCUUUUCAACUGUGGAGCCACCAGCAGAGGAUAUUAGCCUACUUGAGGCAGAGCAGAAGGUUGAAAUGUUUAGUAAGUUUACAAAAGCCAUGGAUGAUGGGGUUAAAGAGCUGCUCGGUGUGGGACAGGAACAUUGGAAAAGCUGUGCAGGAGCACUGCCCAAGGAAUAUCAGAAGAUGGGAAAAGCUUUACAAAACAUUUCACAGGUUUUCGCAACCAGUGGUUAUGAAGGUGAAUCCAUUUUGACAGAUCCUUUAACUGAAGUAGGAAAGACAUUUGAAGAAAUUGCCAGCAUCUUUGCAGAACAGCCCAAAAAGGACUUGCAUUAUCUGAUGGAAACAAACCAAGAGUACAAGGGAUUACUAGGAUGUUUUCCUGAAAUCAUUAGCGUACAUAAGGGAGCUAUAGAGAAGGCAAAAGAGGGUGACAAACUGGUUGCUUUGAAUAAAGUGACACCAGAGGAAAAGAAUACCAUGGUGAAUCGUAUUGGAACAAUGUCCUACACAUUCCAAGCUGAAAUGAAUCACUUCCACAAUAAUCGAAUUUAUGAUUACAAUUCUGUAAUCCAACUGUACCUACAGCAGCAAGUUGAGUUUCAUGAGACGAUUGCGGCAAAGCUGAAGCAAGCAUUGACCCAUUUUACAGUACAACAGUAAACCAUGCCAGCACUAUUAGCCUUAAUUGACUACCCGGUGGAAGGAUCCUAUACUCUGAAGUGUGUUUAUAACAGAAAAGAAAAACUUAAAAAGAUAUCUCAAAUUCAGGUUUCAUUUGAGAUCAUGUUAAACAUACAAAGCAGUUGUUUGGACCAAGAUCAGUUAUUUUUCUACAUCUCUGCAAAUGGUAUGAAACUUUGAGUAAAAGUUCUUCGGUAAUUCCGUGCAAGCAAAAACUAAGUGAACAUUUUGUCCAACUUUACCCAUUUCUUUCUAUUUUUGUAAUGCUUUCUUUUAUGUUCCCUAUUUUUGUAAUAUGUCCCUUUUUGUCCUCAAAACAAAUACUUUCUGGAAGACGUUGCCUUGUGAUUUCAGUUUACUUUUCUAUUAUUUUGUGCAAUUUGUAAAAUGUUAUGUCCUCUGCAUUUAUGAAUGAAGUGAGCAAGAAUGAAAUUGAUUGUAAAACCAAUUUUAGGAGAUUACAAAGAAAAUGCUGUUUCAGAAAGGAUUCCCAGAUACCAAUACAGUUAAUUGACAGUCAUGUAAGGUGUCCAGCACAAUAAUGAAGACAUUUAGAGGGGAAAAUUCAUGCUGUACACAACCUCCCAUUGCUCAUCACUGAAAUUGUCAUUUUUGUACUAAGAUAUCAAGAAUGCACCAGACCUCAAAAAAUGAGGUCCAUUUAUUCUUCACCAGACUUUAGACCAUUACACAACACUUCACUUCUCCCCUUUUACUACCAGCUUUGUAAAAUCGUGUUAAAAUAUCAGACUCUGGGGUGGCAUUCUGAAAAGCUUCCAAGAAAUGGUUGGUUAAAGUUGGUUUUCUUUGGAAGUGUAUGUGAAUUGAUUUUUUUUUUUUUUUUUUUUUGCAAUAUCACCAGUUUUUUGACUGCUUUGCUUCAUUGCUUGGCUUAUCAAACCAGCAGAAGAAAUUGCUGUUUGAAGUGUUAAAUGCUAAUAACAUUAUUGGCAACAUAAUUGUUCUCAAAUGGUCACCAGUUCUUUUCAGAGUCUAGCACCUGAAGUUCAGGGACUUUGUGCUAUUCAGUUGCUAAAACUAUCAAAGCCAUUCUGAAUAGAAAUAUUUUGUCGCCAAUAGCCUUGCUUAUAUUUAAAUUUAAUAUACAAGGAUACUCUAAUUAUAGUGAUACAUAUACAUUUAUUAAUCUAGGAGGAUUAUAAGAGCAUGUUUGCACCAAAGAUAAGUAUUUAAUUUUGUAUUUACAUUAUUUUUGGAUUAUGAACAAAUAAAUGUUCCAUGCUUAUACAUUUUUGAAAUUUGACUUUAUACUAUUCAAGCAGAAAGCUUGAGAAAAGUAAAUUUAAAUACAAUGGAAAAUGUAUUCGCGGAAAGAGAGAAUAUAUCUGCAUUGAAUGAGAUGAAGAAAUUUCUGUACAUAAAGCAAUUAAACUGGGAUGGUUUAGAAAUACAAAUGCCUUCACUAACUGUAUUUGCCUCCAAUGCUCAGGUUAAGAUAUGUGAAAAUUGCACAGAAGUGGGCACCUUAAAUUAUUGAAAUACAUGAACUUUUCAAUCAGUUAUGAAUAAUAUUUUGUGGAGUGCAUACUGUACACAGUGUAUAUAAAAUAUGUAAAUUAUCACUUAUGUAUAUUUGUUAAAUGCCAUGUAAGGAAGUUUUGUUGAAAUUAAAUAUCAGAUUAAUCUUC